UGACUGCGCCCUCGCCGAGGGUGGUUAAUUCACCCUAGCGUCCGACCAAAACAAACCUCUCACGACCGAAUGGCUUAAUAAUAAAUACCCGAUAGGGCUUGUUUUUUUUAUUUAUUUGUAAUUUUGUGCAACAUGAGUCCCAGUCUGGGACACGAUCCUCUGCCUUCGUAUAAUAUAACAGCACACUAUGCAAACGUUGCUAUGUGUUUAUGGCAACAACCCCAACAUAUCCUAUUUCAAUUGGCAAAUUUCUGCUUUGCCUUAUCCUAUUCGGCGCCGUCUUCGAAAAAGGGGAUUUUAUUCAUGCACUCGGUUCUCAUAAUUGGAUUUAUACUAUUCUCUGGGUGGGCAUGGCACGUUAUCUGCGCACCCGACAUCUUCUCCUGGAAUUUCACUUUUUUAAUACUGAACAUAGGACAGCUAGUUUACAUCGUCUACAGGAUGAGACCCAUCAAAUUUGAUCCUGAAUUGGAGGAGGCUUAUCACACGUUGUUCUAUCCAUUUAAGGUCUCGCGGAUGCAAUUCAAACGGCUGGUGUCUCCGGAAUUUGCAACAAUAAUGUCUCUCCACGCCGGCGAGGCCUACGCGAUGCAAAAUUUAACCAGAACUGACCGUCUGGGCCUUUUACUCAAUGGCAAGGUGAAUGUACUCAGCGAUACUAAUUUCCUUCAUCCAAUUCUACCCUGUGAAUUUCUGGAUUCACCAGAAUUUGAAAGUUCACGGGCGUCGGUCGACGAGAAAUUUAAGGUUUCCAUAGUCGCCGCCAGUUCCUGCAGGUAUCUGUUCUGGCAAAGAACAGCUUUAGAAUACCUUCUGGUCAAAGAAGCCUACCUUGCAACCGUUUUAACUACUCUGGUAGCCAGAGAUAUUGCCACAAAACUUUAUGCCAUGAACAACAAAAUUGUUACAGACAAAGGUUCGCACUUGGACAUUCGUCUUCCGAGCAUAAGCGCUGGAUUAGGUAUCGGUGGGGAAUACAGAAGCCCAAGAGGAUCGAGACAGGCCCUAAUUCGUCGCAAGGAGUCAAAAUUGGCGUCGAAUAAUGUCGGUGGCACGAAACCCAAAGACCGAGCGGUGGGGAAUAAUUUGACUAAAAAAGGUGCACCCAGCAUGGAACCUCUUCCAGAACUUCCAUCGUGCGACGAUCUGGCUUCCAGUGGGGUCGAAAGUUGGCUGGAUACAUCCAGCAAGUAUCACAGUUGCGAAGUUAUAGACGAAGAUUUUCAGUUCAGCUAGAUCGGAGACUCACGGCGAAUGUAUCGGCUGCGAGAAAAAUGGCUUCCUGGUGAUAAAAUUAUGGCUAGAGAUUAUCAGCUAAUUGAUCCAAGUAUGAAAAACAAUUAUCCGUUUUCGUACAACGCGCAAUUUAAAUGUUAAGUGUAUAAAAUCGGAUAUUAGCGGUAUUAUUUCGGGUAUAGAAGACCCAGAAUAUAACGACGUGUAUGAGUAUAUUAAGUUUAAAUUACCUUUCAAAAGGGGGCGACGACGAAAGUUGGUCAAACUUCAAAUAUAGUUCGAUA